AUGCAUCUCUAUCUGACCGCUGCUAUUGGAGCACUGCUCUGUGCAACUACUCAAGCGUAUGACUACCUCACCGCUACUGCUCUGGUCACCAAUGCUGCAAAUGAAUCAGCACUUGAGUGUUGGCGAUUCGCGACACCGCUGAUUGACUCCUCACAACCUGGUAUCCGUGGCAGCCUAAGCAUCACAUUCAACACUAGCAGUGCUUCGUACACCAUCAUUCCGCCCAGGUUUAAUGGCAGUGUUCAUAACAGCCCAGCACCACAGCUCGUCAUCUACACGUCUGGACUAGCACACAUCUCGCUGCCAUCUUCGACUGAUGAAGCCUGGUUCAUUGGCGGAAACCAAGGUCUGCUGGUCGCUGCUGACACGACUGGAGACGGUCAUAUCACAGAUUACCCGUCUGAGCAGUCUACAACCGUCGUGACUAUCCCGUUCAUCAACGGUUUCCUCAGGAGCUUGUCAUUUCAGCAGCAUUGGAGGUAG